AGCGACAUGCCGAUCGCCGACCGAGGUAUCAUGCAUCAGUCACAUUUGACGUUACUUUGUGAACGGAGCUCUCGCGCGCCCCUCCUAUGCUUCGCUUGAAUUCGAGGAAGGCAGAGUGCAUAACACAUCACCAGAAUGUGACAAAAUAAGUGCACCACUUAGCCAAUAAUUUCCUUUCGCCUUCCUUAAAUAUCAAACGGCUAACAAACUUUUUAUUACUUUCUAAAACGUAUUUAAUUUUCCGCGUGUGUCUCAUUCCAAGCUUGCGCCAACAAAACGUGCGUGUCUAAAUAAAAAUAAUUUAAUAGUGUUUUAAACUAAACAAAAAAAAUGACUAUAUCGUACGCCGGUGAAGUACCAAACGGCAGCAGUUUUGGUUGUUUCUGGAGGAUCCUCUGCAAAUGGAGAGGCAGCGUCUACAAGCUGGUGUGGCGCGAGCUGCUAGCAUACCUAUUGCUUUACUAUACAAUAAACUUAUUGUAUCGCUUCGCACUCACAGAACAGCAACAAAGGGUGUUCGAGAAGGUUCGGCAGUAUUUCGGAGCACAGAGCGAAUCUAUUCCGAUGUCGUUCGUGCUCGGUUUCUACGUAAGUCUCGUCGUGAAGCGUUGGUGGGAACAGUACAAGCUCCUUCCGUGGCCUGAUACGCUCGCGCUGUUCAUCUCUGCAGGCAUACCUGGAGCGGUCAGUAAAGACGAGACGGGCCGAUUAAUGAGAAGAAAUAUUGUAAGAUACGCCAUCCUCGCCUACGUCAUCACGCUACAGAGGGUGUCUCUUAGGGUAAAAAGAAGAUUUCCAACAUGGCAACACGUAGUUGACUCCGGUCUUAUGUUGGAAAGCGAGAGAAAAGUUUUUGAAAAGAUGGACGGCAAGAGUCCUAUGUCCAAGUAUUGGAUGCCGUUAGUAUGGGCGACGAAUAUAAUAAACAGAGCCAGGAAAGAAGGCCUAAUAACCAGUGACCACAUAGUGCAAACGUUGUUGGUGGAGCUAUCUGACAUAAGACGAAGAUUGGGGGCGCUCAUUGGUUAUGACACCGUUUGCGUACCACUCGUUUAUACGCAGGUGGUAACUUUGUCCCUGUACACUUAUUUCGUUGCGGCAUUGAUGGGCCGUCAACUGGUCCCUCCGGCGCCCGGAAGUACCUCCAAGUACGAACCUGACGUAUACUUUCCGCUCUUCACAGCUUUACAGUUCUGCUUUUACGUGGGAUGGUUGAAAGUAGCUGAAGUUUUAAUUAAUCCUUUCGGAGAAGAUGACGAUGACAUCGAACUAAAUUGGCUUAUUGACAGGCACAUAAAGGCAGCCUAUAUGAUAGUUGACGAGAUGCACGAAGAGCAUCCUGAACUGCUGAAAGAUCAAUACUGGGAAGAGGUGGUCCCCAAAGAUUUACCGUACACCGUAGCCUCAGAACAUUACCGUCGCCAUGAGCCCCCUUGCUCAGCUGACCACUACAAAGUAAAAGCAGAGGACGCUGUCUAUGCUAACGUUCAAGCACCCAGAAAGAGUCACGAUGAAACUUACGCUGAUUACGAAAGUGUGGACACUCCCUUAGUUGAAAGGCGAAAAAAUUGGUUCCAGCGACAAAUAUCGAGGAUGGGCUCGGUACGGUCCGCUUCAACGGCGUAUUCAUCGGGAGGCCUCUUCGGACGAAAUCGACACAAUUCUGUUGUCUAUUCGAGUCCCGAAGCGGGCCAGCCCGUGGCGCCACCUCCCCCGCACCACAAGAUGUCUUUAUAUGAGCGACUUGUUGGUCGCAAAUCGGGCAGAGGGCAGCAUCGACAAAAUUCAAGACACGGUGGCCAAAAAAGUAAUGGAUCCGCCGUUCCUAUUACCCUGCGGAACAGACCUCGUAUACCCACACCGGACGUGACGAAAGAGGUCAUGGACCGUGAAAAUCGCAUCGCAAUGGGUAUGCAGAACAUGGGUGUAAUAAUGGCUCACCAAGGCUAUCAAAAUGAAGUUCCCGUAUUAGGUGCACUGGUCUUAUCGCCUAUACAGGAAUUGGAUAGUGGUUCCGUGAACAACACAUUACACGCAGGGCAGCCUGGCACCACGGCUCUGGCGCAGGCAGUGUUGGCACCCGGUGGACUAACACCAAUGCUCACUACUGCACCUGUUAACUUAACACCGAUGGGUGUGUCCCAGCUCACAACUAUAGUGAGCUCAGCGCCAUCGACGCCACGAGCUGAGCGUGGCCCAGCAGAUGGCUCCGGUGGUUCACCGCAAUCUCCAAGAGCGACCAUUACAGAGCUCCCUCCAUCGGAUCGUGAAAGUAAUCAUAGCGGCACACCUCCAGAUUUCGCGAGGAAACCAGGUUCUAAAAGAGGAGAGGUCUAUGUAUAGAGGAAACACGAAGCGCCCCGAAAACUGUCUCGUACUUGUAAGUGGUGCUGAAAGUAUUGUGUGAUUUCAAGAAUUUUGUACAGAGCAACGCGACUGACACAAUUGAAGGAACUUCAUUCGAACCAAGCGAAGAGCUCGUAUCAGAUGUUGAAUGAAUGAAAAUUAUAUUGAAUUUAAUAAAUUAAUAAUUUUAAAAUUAUGCACAAACAGGGAUUGAUUGUAUAGCUUUCUAUAAAGAUUUUUU